CUCGUAGCUGCCCGUUAAGCGUAUGAGGAUGAGCGCUCCAACUCCAACGUUGUUGGUCGACCAAAUUAUUUCAUACAGAGGGACAGAGACAGAGACUGAUGAUGAGUGAAUGAUAGAAGAUCUUCCGACACUACCGUACCUAUCUCCUCUUCUGAAUGUACGAUGAAGACUGAUCAAGAACAACAGCAAUCGCAGCCGCCGUCCACCGGGAUUGCCCUGACGGCCCCAACGCAGCAAGCUGCAGCGGAGCUGCCACAUGAAUCACGGCCCAAUACGUCGAUUCAGUCUAAAAAUCCUGAUGCCCUCGUCAGCGGUGGUGGAAUGAGCUUUCUCACUGGAGAUAAAAAGGCAAAGUUAACUUAUGGAUAUUCCAGUUUCAAGGGUAAACGUGCCUCAAUGGAGGAUUAUUAUGAGAUACGGAUGUCAGAAGUUGAUGGCCAGACGGUGGGCCUUUUUGGUGUUUUUGAUGGGCAUGGUGGCUUUAGAACCGCAGAGUACCUCAAGAAAUACCUCUUUCAAAAUUUGAGCAGCCACCCAGAUUUUCUUAGAGACACAAAGUCAGCUAUUGUUGAAGCAUUUAAACAGACAGAUACCAAUUACCUUAAUGAAGAAAAAGGCCAGCAGAAAGACGCAGGUUCAACUGCUUCAACUGCUGUCCUUGUACGUGACAAAAUAUUUGUUGCAAAUGUGGGAGAUUCUAGAGUUGUUGCUUGUAGGGCUGGUUCAGCUAUUCCUUUGUCGAUUGACCACAAGCCUGAUAGGUCUGAUGAACGUGAGCGAAUAGAACAGGCUGGAGGUUUCGUUGUUUGGGCAGGAACAUGGCGUGUUGGUGGUGUUCUCGCUGUUUCGCGUGCAUUUGGAGAUAAAUUACUUAGGCCAUAUGUUGUGGCUGAUCCCGAGAUUCAGGAAGAAGAAGUUGAUGGUGUUGAAUUCAUUAUAAUUGCAAGCGAUGGACUUUGGAACGUCUUAUCAAAUAAGGAUGCUGUAACUAUCGUGCAAGAUAUAGCAGAUGCUGAAGCAGCAUCCAAAAAACUGGUAGAAGAAGCCUAUGGGAAGGGAAGUUCCGACAAUAUCACCUGCGUGGUUGUUCGAUUUGAGAAGUCAUGAGCAGGCAACAAUAUCGCAUUGUUGGCUCUCCGUUAUAGACUUUUUGUCAUAAAUUCCUCAAUUACAGACGAGUUUUCAUAUGAUUUUAUUUUUGCUGCAGACUAAAACUUUAAUAGGACAAAUGGUUAAGUUGCUGGCAUUGUAAACUAGAUGAUUCUUGUCUCUUUGUCCGCUGGACCAUAAUCCUUGUAAGAUCUUAAUAUUUUUCUUUUCUACUAAAGAAACAAUUACCUCACCAGGUUUCAUUUUUA